AUGCCAAAAGUUAUUCAUCUCGUCCGUCACGGCCAAGCCGUUCAUAACCUUGGCGAAGCGAACAACGUUCUGCCUGACACCGACCUCACGCCUCUGGGACAAGAGCAAGCUGGAAGCCUGAUCUCUAAGCAUCCUGAGCUUGCCAAUGUUGACCUCAUCGUGUCAUCUCCCCUGCGAAGAACUCUCCAAACGACCCUGCUAGCGUUUCCCGCUCAGCUGGAGCGCGGUUUACAUAUUGUGGCCCUGCCUGAAGUUCAGGAAGUCAGCGACAUGAACUGCGACACGGGUAGUGAUCUCUCUGUGAUAAAGGCUGAAUUCCAACAACAGCCCGUGGAUUUCAGUGUGGUCGAGCCGGGUUGGGAAGUCAAGGAGGGCAAGUGGGCUCCAGCUAUUGGCAGCAUCUUGGAGAGGGCCCGGGCCGCACGGCAAUGGCUGAGCGAAAGACCCGAGUCAGAAAUCGUGGUUGUUACUCAUGGUUGCUUCUUGCAUUUCUUUACCGACGAUUGGGUGAACUCUGUUAACCCUGAUGGUACGGAUUGGGCUAAUGCCGAGGUUCGCUCCUAUACGAUUUCGCAUGACAACAGCGAAGGGCCAGUUUUAUGUGAGACCCGAGAGUCUAGAGAGAGGCGAGGAGUAGAGCCAGUUCCUCCGACGAGAGAAGAACAACUAGAGCUGCGACAAACUGCUUUGAAUGCGGCGCUCGAAUGGGGUCUUAUACGGCCGUGA